UUUCCCAAACCUUGUACAGAGAAGCUUUUUAUUUUUUUCUUCAUGUACAAGUCUACUCACACCCUUUUUCCUCGGGAAUGGGGUGCAGGGAGGGGAGACAUCGCUUAGUAAUUUGUUAGUGCGGGAACAAUGUGACCAUCCUUGGACUUCACAGAUUUUCUACUUCUCUUUUCUCCUUGUUUUGAGUCCAUGACAAGUCAUUAGUCCGGAUAUGCUAAAGAUACAACCUCACUUGCUUGUCACUUUGUGCAUUUUUUUCAUCUUUAAGAACCUUUAUGCUUUUUCUCUAAAGGCACAGUCUCAGUGAAGCAGCAGAGUAUAUUAAUUUUAUUUGGACAAUUGGGUACACCCUUCACCCCCCCCAGAUUUGAUCAAGACUUUUUAGAGAGGAGAUUAGGGGUAAAUUUUGAAUGAAAUAGACAGUAGAAAUUGGGAUAAGAGAUACAAUAAGAAAUGUAGCCAUAAGGGCCAAAAAAGUUUGUGUACUAAAGAGCCCAUCCAGGACUGAAGGCCAAGCCUUGUAAAUGAAAACCGCAGUUGUCAUUUGAAUAUAAAGUGGAAAGCAGUAAAAAACACUUGGGAAAGGAUUUGAUGGUGAAUUAAGACCGUUACAAAAAAGUGUUUGAGGGUAAUUAUUUUUGUAGGUGUAAAUGUAUUUCAUGUAUUUCUCUAACAUUUCUCAGAGUUUAUGACCUAACUGCCAUUGUUACAUAUAAAAAAGUGGGAAGGGAGAUUCUGAAGAAUGGAGUGUGGUAGGGAACCAUUUAACAGUGUUCAAUCUGGAAAGCAUUCAACAUCUCAGCAGUGUUUUUGAGUUCUUUCACCCUUUUUUUCUCUCAAAAAGCUUUCAGUGGGCUUUUUACCUUCUUUAUGUCACCUUCCACAAGUCUGAAUUUUUUUCUUUCUCACCUGUUCUUCUAAGCCUUGUGAUAAUUUAUUAAUUAUGAAGUUUGAAACUAAUUCUGAAUUAUGAAACCAGUAAGGUUUGCUUUGUGGCUUUUUAUAUUUAGGUGAUUUAGUGAAGUACGGAGGUGGAAAAUAUUAGGCACCUUUCAAAGGAAUAGGUUAUGAAUAGCAUGCUCACAUGACUUCAGGUACUAGGCAGUUGAAAAUGGAAAAGAAUGAAAUGCACUAGAGAGUUUAUGUCUCAUCUGAGAGGGACAUCUAGUUCUCAGGUCCACCUGAUUAGUGCCAUACAUGAUUAUGGGCCCAGUCUUCAACCUUCUGAGAGAACAUAGGAAAUCUAGAAUUUUGAUUGCUGUCUCUUGAUUUUUUAAAAUACUGACAAAUAAUUAAGGCAAUUAAAAAUAACUUCAUGUGGCCCAACCAAACCUAAUCCUGUCAGUAGUUGUAGCUUGCUCUCCAGUUUUGGACCUUUGUUACAGCUCAGAAGGAAUAAAUUUUAUGACUGGGAAAAAAAGACUUAAAGCAAUUUUGCCGAUAGUUCAGAAUUUCAAACCUAGGAGGACUUGGGAAAAAUACCAACUUUAAUGAAUAUAGUAGAUAAGUUUAAUAGCUUUUAAAUACAGAAGGGCAAAUUGAACUGGUACUUACUAACAUUUUAACUGUGGAAAUAACUGAAGGAAAAAAACCUCUCAGUAUUUAUGGUUUAGUAACUCAUGGUCCUAAGCAAAGCUGAUCUAUAGGUUAUCUUGUAAGGAAAUCUAUCUAUUGAGAAGCCCUUUAUUGUACUUGGAAUUUAUAUGUAAAAUUAAAUCCAGGAGACCCUCUACAUCUCAUCUAUGGGUGUGAAUGUUUACUGUUUGCUGUACCAUCCCACAUUGUCUUCCCAGUCAUUGACUUUCACUAGAAGCAAUAUUGAUUCCUUGGAUUUUAUUCCCUGGAAGAUGGAGCUUUAGGAUGGAAAGAAAUCGAUAGGGAAAAUGUGAUGUGUAGCAGACAUUCAUGUGCCUCUUGCUUACACCGUCCAUUAAAAGAUUGAUUUUAAUUAAGUGGUUUUUAUCAUAAGAAGAUAGAUAUUUUGAUUGAUUAAACCCAGUACCUCAUAUAUGGUAGAGCUUAAUGAUAUUUGUAGAAGUGAAUCCUGUGGAUUAAACCACAUUUACUAUUAGUAUGAAGUACUUUAAUCACAUAAUCACAUUCAGACUUAGUUGGACUGUGUAAAAUGGAACUUUAGAAGUCAGAUCUAAGAAAGAAGUGGACCAUAGGCAUAUAGAGGGCAAAGUGUGGGUCUUUGAUUGGAGUAAGGAGGAUGAGGUGAGGGUAGGAGAAGGGAUUGAGUAUGCUUUUGCUCAGUGCCUUUUGGUUCUAUUUUUGUAGCUCCUAUUUCUUAGGACAUACAUUCUCUACUUUGUCUGGUAGGUUUAUCUAAGCAGGCUGGACCUUAUGAGGGAGAAGGAAAUGGAACGUCUAUAGUUCUGAGUUAUGGGUGCUACAUGUGUGCUCCCAGAGCAGUAGUGUGAGGAAGCUUGAAGUGGGAUGGCAGGACGGCCUCAUCCUUUUGACAGUAACUCCAGUGAUCCAGAGAACUGGGAUCGGAAAUUGCAUAGUAGACCUCAUAAACUUUGUAAACAUUCAAGUACCCCCUCACGUGUUGCUAAAGGAGUUGUCAACCACACCAAAAUGAGUCUACAUAGUACUAGUGGGGGACAUGAGAGAUCGAGAGACAGACGGAGGUCCAGUGAUAGAUCACGAGAUUCAUCUCAUGAAAGAACGGAAUCUCAGCUUACUCCGUGUAUUAGAAAUGUUACUUCCCCAACACGACAGCACCAUGUUGAACGAGAAAAAGAUCACAGUUCCUCUCGUCCAAGUAGUCCUCGACCUCAGAAAGCAUCUCCAAAUGGUUCCAGUAGCAGUGCUGGUAACAGUAGCAGGAACAGUAGUCAGUCAAGUUCCGAUGGCAGCUGUAAGGCGUCUGGGGAGAUGGUGUUUGUAUAUGAAAACGCAAAAGAGGGAGCCCGGAGUGUACGAACAUCAGAACGAGUGACGCUAAUAGUGGAUAACACUAGAUUUGUUGUGGACCCAUCCAUUUUUACUGCACAGCCAAACACAAUGUUGGGCAGGAUGUUUGGAUCUGGCAGAGAACAUAACUUUACACGUCCCAAUGAGAAGGGAGAGUAUGAGGUGGCAGAGGGAAUUGGAUCCACUGUGUUUCGAGCUAUUCUAGAUUACUAUAAAACAGGAAUAAUCCGUUGUCCUGAUGGCAUUUCUAUUCCUGAACUGAGAGAAGCAUGUGACUAUCUUUGUAUCUCUUUUGAAUAUAGUACUAUUAAAUGUAGAGAUCUCAGUGCCCUAAUGCAUGAGUUAUCAAAUGAUGGUGCUCGUAGACAGUUUGAAUUUUAUCUGGAAGAAAUGAUCCUGCCUCUCAUGGUAGCUAGUGCCCAGAGUGGGGAACGAGAAUGCCACAUAGUGGUGCUUACAGACGAUGAUGUGGUUGAUUGGGAUGAAGAGUAUCCACCACAGAUGGGAGAGGAGUAUUCACAAAUUAUUUAUAGCACAAAAUUAUAUAGAUUUUUCAAGUACAUUGAAAACAGAGAUGUGGCCAAAUCAGUUUUGAAGGAGAGGGGUCUUAAGAAGAUUAGACUGGGAAUAGAAGGUUAUCCUACCUACAAAGAAAAAGUAAAGAAAAGGCCUGGGGGCCGCCCAGAAGUGAUUUACAAUUAUGUCCAAAGACCCUUUAUUCGAAUGUCCUGGGAGAAGGAAGAAGGAAAGAGUCGGCAUGUAGACUUUCAAUGUGUAAAGAGUAAAUCUAUCACCAAUCUUGCAGCAGCUGCCGCUGACAUUCCUCAGGACCAGCUGGUAGUCAUGCACCCCACUCCACAAGUCGAUGAGCUGGAUAUUCUCCCUGUCCAUCCCCCUUCUGGCAGUAAUGACCUCGACCCUGAUGCCCAGAACCCAAUGCUGUGACGUCGACGUUCCUGGAAACCAUAGCAUGCUACUUUUCACAGUGACGUUGCACUCUCCUCAUUCUGCACUGCAGGCCGCUCUCCUCACUGUGAGAUGCACAUAACAGUGUUUAGUAAUUGCAGUGUAGGCUUUUUUAAAGACCAAAGGUAGCUGAAUGGUUUUUUAAGAGAGUACAGCUCUACCAUCCUGAGGUUCCAGUUACAUAAAUGUCUUUGUUUACCAGUAGGUUUGUGAAAUUGGUUCUUUGUAUGGGGGACAGUUCUUUUUCACACAUCUAGAUCUUUUCAGAAGUGGUGGAAAUUGGCAGCUGGGGUAUUUUCAGUCUAGAUUGACAUUCAUGACAUCCCAGAUAAAAUGUAGAGUAUUAUAUAGUUGCACUUUAUAAAUGGUGGUUAAAUGGAACUGUUCAAGCCAUUUUUAUAGUUGUGAUGCGCAAUAUAACUUAAGUAAGUGCUUCUAUCAAAAUUUUCCUUCAGUAAAAUGUGUAUAGUUUGCUGCCCAAGAUGAGCAGAAAAAUGAAUUUUUAUCACUGGGCUUAUUUGAAUGAUAAGGAUGAGAUUCAAUGCCUGUAUCUUACUGGUUCCCUCCAGUGCCAUUUUCACCUUUUUAGAAUGUGUCACAUGCAGGGAGUGUGAACAUCAGAGUUGGUUUAUUAUCCAGUCUGCCUUACCCUUAAUCUGUUCACAGAUAUUUAUUUACUAAUGCUUUUUUUUCUUACAAGUUAUGGGAUAGGAAAAUGAAGUGUUGCUCUUCAUUUACUAAAUGAUUGUAAACUCAAGUUUUUCAUCAAAAUAAAAUUCCAUUGUUUUAAUGAUUCUGAUCACCUGUAUAACCACCUUGACCAGAUUUUUGGUCUCGUAAUUAGAUUUUCUAUUCUUGUUGGUGUCAGUAACUAGAAACCAAAUAGUAGCUCAGGGAACUCUUAAUUUGGUAUAUGUGUGCACUUAUAUUCCCCACUAAUUAUAAAAUGUACUAUAAAUCCAAAACAGUAUUAAAGCUGAAAGGAACAUUUUCUAGUCCAACCUGACAUGAAGGGCAAAAUACUUUUACUAGGUUAUAUAUAGUAACCUCAAGUUUCAGAGCCAAUUUCUAACAACAGUUCAGUGCUUUCCCCAUUAUAUCACACUGUUCUGCUUACUAAAUUAUUCAUGCAAAUGCUAUUUUCUAAUAUUCUGAUUCAUUCUUGAAUUGGACCAUAGAAGUAUUUAGGUGCUUUGAGUCUGGAGUCAUAUGGCUUAAAUGUAUGAAGCCAUACAGCUGUGAGUGGUAGUAUAAAGGAGUUGUAUGAAGCCAGUUUGGUGCAGCUAGUCUUGAAACUAUAAUUUCAGAGGAUUUGAAAUUUGUGUUUAAGCAGCAGUGUCUCUCCAAAUUGUUGCAAUUUUAACUAUUUUAACAAUAUAGCUAAGCUAGUAACAUGGGAAGUCAUGUAAGUCCCAGAAUUGUUAUGAAGGCCACAAAGGCAUUAUAGUAAAUGCUAUUGGGAUGGA